UGGGCCUAGCUCACUUGUUUGGUUUCCCUCACCAUCACCCCCGCGCGCGGCAGGAGCGGGACGGGAGACCGGUCCGAGGCCAUGGAGAUCGGCACCGAGAUAAGCCGCAAGAUCCGGAGUGCUAUAAAAGGAAAGCUACAGGAACUGGGAGCAUAUGUUGAUGAAGAGCUGCCUGAUUAUAUCAUGGUCAUGGUGGCCAACAAGAAGAGCCAGGAGCAGAUGACGGAGGACCUUUCCCUCUUUCUAGGAAACAACACUGUGAGAUUCACUGUAUGGCUUCAUGGUGUGCUAGAUAAGCUUCGGUCUGUAACUACAGAACCUACCAACUUAAAAUCUUCUGAAUCGAACAUCUUUGAGAGCAGUUUGCCUUCUGUCAAAAGCAUUUCAAGUGGAAAUGAGGAGAGAAGUGGGGAGGAAGUCCUACAGCCCCUUACAGUCUCAAGUUCUCGACCAGAAAGGAGUGACUCUCGAGUUUCAACCAGCUCCCAGGAACAGAAAAUUGCUGCUUCCCGGCAGCCUCGCCAAGACACUUCCCCAUCUCUCCUGAUGUCAACUGUGAAACCUCUCAGGGAGCUGUCCCCCUUGGAAGCUGUGAUCGACAUUAAGCCUGAGCCGGAUGACCUCAUUGAUGAAGACCUCAAUUUUGUGCAGGAGAAUCGGCUGCCCCGGAAGAAACCUCUCGUGACGGUGACUUACGGUUCCUCCCGCCCAUCUGCUGAAAUCUACCGCCCACCAGCAAGCCGAGGUGCAGAAGGCAACAUGCCCUUUCAGAGAAUGCCACAACAGAGUAGCAUACAGACUGACAAGCAGCUCGACAUGCAGGGCGGCAGGUCACUGGAAGCCGUCCAGCUCUGCGAUCCAGACGUGUUUGGCAGCUUGGCUGAGAGUUACAGGCCCACUGCCAAAGGGAAUGCUGAUAAAAUUAGCAGUGAGGAAGAAAACUUGAGGAAGAGAAAACUCCCAGUUGUAAGCUCUGUAGUUCGAGUGAAACGGUUCAGCAACGAUGGAGAGGAGGAGGAGGAAGAGGAAGACUGUGGACUCCGUCUGGGAGGCAUCUCCAGCAGCGUCUCUGUGCCUGCAAAACCUGAGAGAAGGCCUUCGCUGCCGCCUAACAAACAGGCCAAUAAGAAUUUAAUAUUGAAAGCUAUCUCUGAAGCCCAGGAAUCUGUUACAAAGACAACAAAUUAUUCUGCAGUGCCAGCAAAGCAGACAGUUCCUGUGGCUCCCAGAACCCGGACAUCUCAGGAGGAAACCUUUCUGGAAGUGAUGCAUGGCCAGAGCCGGCCAUCCAGAGGGAACUCCCAGAUACAGGAAGAGGAGCCAAAGGAACAAGCAUUAGGGAGACUUCCAGGAACCCAGCAAAGGCAGCUCUUUUCUCGUCUCCAGAUCGAACCGGCCAUUGGAGAAGCAUUACAAAAGGCACAAGAUUACUAUGACUUGGAAUCGAUGGUCCACACAGACACCAGAUCGUUUAUCUUGAAGAAGCCCAAGCUGUCUGAGGAGAUAAUGGUGCCCCAGAAUCUGGAAGUGAGUAAGAGGGCCUCGGAGGCCUUACAGGCACUCUCAGGACGGCUCAUACAGACAAGGGAGCAGCUUGUGCAGCCAGAGAAGCCUGCUAGUCCGAAGUUCAUAGUCACCUUGGACGGAGUCCCCAGCCCGCCAGGAUACUUGUCUGAUCAAGAGGAGGAGGAAAUGAGUCUCAUGGAAGGAGUAAAGCCAGUUGCCCCCAAAGCAACAGCCAACAAAGGAUUAAGAAGCCUUCGUGCGCAACAGAUGCACAUUAUAUCCAGACAGCUGGAGAGCACCGAUGUGGAGAUGGAGGAUGUUGGUGCCCUGCACAAAGCAGAAAAAGUACCCGAGCGCUGCAAGUAUUGGCCCGCCUGCAAAAAUGGAGAUGAAUGUGCCUUCCAUCACCCCACAUUGCCAUGCAAAGUCUUUCCCAACUGCAAAUUUGCUGACAAAUGCUUGUUCAUCCAUCCAAAUUGUAAAUACGAUGCCAAGUGCACCAAGCCAGAUUGCCCCUACACUCAUGCCAGUCGGCGGACCCCACUGCCUCCUCCUAAACCAGCUCCAUCUCCAGCACCGCCAACAUCUUCUAACAGCCAACUCUGUCGAUUCUUCCCUGCUUGUAAGAAAAUGGAAUGCCCUUUCUACCAUCCCAAACAUUGCAGGUUUAACACUCAGUGUACCAGAGUCGACUGUACGUUUUACCAUCCUUCUGUUUCUGUACCACCACGUCAUGCCUUAAAAUGGACCCGAACCCAAACUAGUGAAUAAUUUGCACAACCCCAUGAUACACCAAUGUACAAUGAUGGGCAGAUACUCACUGACGGAACAAGAUGCUGUAAAAGCUAUUGCAUAUGCCAGGCUUUGAAUCUAUAUUGUUUCAUAAAAUGAAGUUGAUUGCCUACUUGAAAUGUGAAAUUUUCAAAACUUGUAUAUUUAAUAACUGGUUUUACAUAUUUUUACUGUAAAAAUGUCAGUAGGGAAGAGGAUUUUGCUUUAACAUUAAUAAAAAAUGUCAAGGCAUGGUUAUUGUCCUACUUA